AUGGAAAGUCAUAUUAACGAGACCUUACAAACUAGAAAGAAAAGAAAAAAUGUUGCUGAAACAGCUGAAAGUAAGAAAAGCAACACUAUAAAGUGCCAAAAGUUGACAAAUUAUUUUUUUGUGGUUCCUAAAUCUACGAAUACAGAAGCAGUGACAGCAGUUGAUGCCGAAGAGAAACUGACAGAUGAAGGCGAUGAAGACGUUCAGACUGAGUCUCAUCCAUCUCAGGCAAGUAAAGAAUCUGCUGCAAACGAAAAUGUUCAAGUUCAUCCAGUUAUAAUUCCUGUAAUCGGGGACAUAGUGCCAAAUCCUCCUAUAAAUAAUGAACAAAAAAAAUAGGCUGCUCCUUAAAUUCGUACCGAGGUUAUUUGUUGAAUAUCAACAAAAUUCAAAAUAAAGUGGGAAAGGAAACUAUUUCAGUUUAUAGCGAGAAAAUUGGCUCCCGUAAACGACAGCUUGCUAAAUGCAAUAUCUGUUCGGAAUUUGAAGAACAAGCGAAAAAGAGAUCAAGGCAUGGUAUUGUUUACAUAGCACAUGGAGUAAGAUGUGAUUCGGAAGAGAAACUCAAAAACAUAAUCGAUCAUUUGCAUAGUGAAAUACAUCAGGCAGCAUUGGAUGCAAAGAAGUACAAGGAACUGUGGGCCAGUCAGGACCUAAAUCAUCCUUUGGUAAGAGUUUUGAAAAAGCAAGAACAAACAACAGUAGAAAACCUGAUCAAACUUGCAAUUGACGUUUAUAAUGACAGUAAACUGCUAACCCCAUCAGCAUGGUCAUGGCCUGCAAGAGCACUUGCCACAGCACAUGCUGACCAGCUUAUUUCUUCUCUGAACGAGAAUGGGUUGCAGAGUCCAUUCGUUCCAUUUGAACCAAGCUAA